UUUUCGCUGCUGCAGACCCACACCUUUACCAUGCUCAAUGCUUCCAAGCAGAGCUCUGCUGCGCUCCUGCCACCGCCCGAGGAAAUUCACAACCUCUGCGCCUGGCUGGACCGGCUCCCACUCAGCCGCCCCAAGCGCCACCUGGCUCGGGACUUCAGUGAUGGUGUGCUGGUGGCCGAGAUUGUGAAGUACUUCCACCCUCGGCUGGUGGACUUGCACAGCUACGUGCCCGCCUGCAGUACAGACCAGAAGCUGAGCAACUGGAGCCUUCUCAACAGGAAAGUCUUUCGAAAGCUGCACUUCUGUAUCUCAGAGGCUGAUAUCCAAAAAGUGGUGUCCAACAGGCCUGGGGUUAUCGAGUCUGUCUUGUGUGCACUGAGGAAGAAAAUGGAGACUGGCACUGUUCAUCAAGUAGGCUCAGCUAGUGCAGCUGAUCCAGGACUCUCCAAUGUGGAUGCUGUUCGACCUUGGGUAGGGCUUACUACCCACCCAUAUACCACUAGGACUCAAGAUCCUAAUGUGGGUAAUUGUAGCCUGUCAGAGCCCCUCUGGGACUCCUGUGGAGAACAUCACUACAUUCCUAAAGGCUGGACACAUGACAACCAUGAGCUCACAACCUUUCAAAAGAGGGCAGGCCUACAGAGCCCUCCAACCCCCUUCAGCAUGAAGACCCUUCAGAAUCAAAGGGAUCUGGAGAAAAUGGGCUGCUGUGCUUGCAGAGGGGACCCAGUUGAAGGGCUCUGGGAUCACCUGGCCAGCAUCCAGCAGCAGCUGGAGGAUAAGGAGCAAGCACUAGCCAUUCUGCAGGAGACAGUCAAGAUUUUGCAGAUGAAGGUGAUGAGAUUGGAGCAUCUGGUACAGCUGAAAGACCAACGGAUCUGGGAGUUGAUGAGACCUGAGGAGCGUCAAAUCUGGAGGGGACCCCAUCCAGAGCCAUUCAGACCUUGACCCUGAACCCAACUGGAGCCUCUCACUGACCAGGCAGCUUCAGAGUGAGACAUGUGAAUGUGGGCAGCUGUAGAGGCCAGAGCACCCUGGGGCUGGAGACAUAUUUGGACAGAUUUGAGUUUGGUUCUCCCAAUGCCCCAGUGUCUUGUCCUCAUUAUUGAU